AUGUCACUACAGAGCGCGGCGGAUGUGCCUCUAAUCAUCAACUCGCCCAACUCCUCGUCAGAGCGCCGUAUCUCGCCGUCGUGGACAAUUGCACAUCUCAAGUCGCGCCUAGAGCCCAUCACAGGAGUUCCGGCUGGUAGUCAGCAGUUAUCCCUGCGGGUCGCCUCUCAGGAUGCCGUUCCCAUCACUGCGGUCGACGAAGAGCAGACGCGUCUCACAUCGUUUCCGCUGCAGCCGUAUGCGGAGAUCACCGUCGUUGACAUACGCCCACCUGCUGCACGGACAGACUUUUCUGAUCUUUCAGCAGUCGACAAGUAUGUCAUGCCUUCCACAGAGUACGAGACUCGGACGGACAGCGUACUUGCAUGGAAGAAGGCCCAGAAGUUAGGUCGCUUUGAUCCAAAUGCGCCCAGCAUUGAGCAACAGAAGAUUUUGGCCUCGCAAAGAGAAGUAGAAGAAAGAGGUCUCUCACUCUCUUGUCGCGUACGCCUCCUCCCUGAAUCGGACGCUCGAAGAGGCACUGUGUCGUACAUCGGUGCAGUGCCCGAGAUCCCGGGCAUCGGCUUCUGGAUCGGGGUCACCCUCGAUGAGCCCACGGGCAAGAACGAUGGCUCCGUCAAGGGCAAGCGAUACUUUGAAUGCGGUAACAAUUGCGGUGUUUUCGUACGGCCGGAGCGAUGCGAGGCUGGUGACUUCCCUGCUCUCGACCUCGGCGACGAGGAUAUGGAGGAGCUGUGAGGUGCUCUACUGGUAAGGCAUCCAUGAUCAGGACCGUCGCGCUCAAAGCAGCUUCGUGGCCUUAUUGUGCUAGCAAUAUUGCAUGGAUGACACAUACCUACCAAAGCGCUCUUAUAUUGCGCAAAAGGCGUAGUCCGUAUCUUUGAAAAUUCAAUACUUAAACAGGUGC